AUGCGAAAUAAACUUGACCUAACAUUCACGACAGCUACGAACAUCUCUAUCCUUACAACGACCCAAUCAUCUAUCGCUGCAGAUCUAGAUGCCUUCGAAACUGCCAGCUGGUUUACUUCAUCGUAUCUCAUCGCCAUGUCUUCUCUCGCUCCUUUGAUGGGACGAUUAUGUCAAGUGUUUAGUCCGCGGUUAUGCAUGUUCUUCUCCACCAUGUUGAUAGCCAUUGGAUCGGCCAUCACGUCCACAUCUGUGUCUUUCGAACACUUUAUCAUCGGCCGCGUUGUAACUGGAGCUGGUGGCGGUGGCAUUUUCAUCGUCGCUAGCAUCAUGGCAAUCCAGAUGACCAGCCCUAAGAGAAGAGGCUUAUAUAUGGGCCUUGCCAAUACUGCAAUGACAGUCGGUGUCUCACUUGGAGCGGUCAUAGCGGGCGCGCUGGAACCUAGAAUUGGAUGGAAACCAUUGUUUGGCAUACAGGCACCAAUAAGCUUUGUGGCCGGAUUGGGUCUCCUCUUUUCAAUCCCAGCUAGCCAUACUUCAAAGAACAUCAAGUAUGAAAAUCUCUCGAUCCGCGAAAAGCUAGCCCGCAUCGACUACUCCGGAGCUCUGCUCUUGACCACCACCAUUGUACUCUUCCUUCUUGGCUUAUCUGGUCCAAAGGUUCUCCCAACGCCGAUCAUUCUAUCGGCUCUUGCCCUUCCAGUAUUCGUUCUCAACGAGGCCUACGUCGCUGGCGAUCCCGUCAUUCCAGUCUCCGUUCUACGAUCCCGUGGAACUCUGUUGACCUGCCUUGGCACGACUGGCUUCAUGAUGGCCCGUUGGAGUAUCCUCUUCUACACGCCCGUAUAUGCGCUUGCCGUUCGGGGUUGGGCUCCGGCUGUCGCUGGAUCAAUCCUCAUUCCCACUAACGCCGGCUUUGCAACCGGUGGUCUUCUUGCUGGCGUCUUUCAUAUCAAGCGCACGGGCAGCUUCUACCUUCAUACCGUCGUUGCGAUGGCACUGUUUCCCAUCACUAUGGCUGUCCUAGCUCUCAUUUCUACACCAACAAGUCCGUGGGGUCUAUAUGUUGCUAUGGUGUUCCUCAACGGACUUGUUACUGGCGCGGCAACGAACUACGCACUUGUCCAUCUGCUCCAUCUCACACUCCCAGAGGUGCACCCAAUCGUCAUCUCUCUCCUUGCUACAUUUCGCGGCUUUUCAGGCUCUUUCGGUUCGGCCAUUGGUGGUGGCUACUUCGUUCGCGUACUGCACAAAUCUUUGGAUGAAGGUUUUGCGCAGGCUGGGUUGAAGAAUCGCGGUGAACUCACCCGGAGACUAUUAGGAAGUCCGGCACUUGUAGGUAAGCUGGAAGGCAAAGACAGGGUCGUCGCCGUCGGGGCAUACGCGGAUGCACUCAAGGCAUUGUUCCUUUGUGCCGUAGGACUCUCCAUCAUCGUCGUGCUUGUACAGGCCGGUACAGGUUGGAAAGAGCCGGAAAAGAGUGAGGAUCAAAGAGCGGAAGAGGAGGUGGAAGCCGAAGACGGGAUGCCUGCAGGUGCUUGA